UCAGUUCAAUCGCAAAGUUCGUUGGGUGCUAAAUCAAUUUAUGAUUUUUGUUUUAACGCGAUGAAUAUGUUGAAAUUUGUGUUUGCCAUUUUUGGCAUUAUUCUAACAGCCAACGCUUUGAGCGCCCAAGAGUUGGAGUUAGCAACCGCAAGUGAAAAUGAGUUGAUAGAGGCCGGAGAUUUGGUUGGCGCCGAGUCAGGAUAUGACGCCGCAUACGCACCACCACCACCAAGUUAUGCUGCACCAGCCUAUUCCGCACCACCAAAAUAUGAGGCUCCGAAAGCUUACGCCGCACCCGCUUAUAGUGCCCCACCUGCUUACAGUGCACCAAAAGCUUACGCUCCAGCCGCCCCCGCUUAUAGUGCCCCACCUGCUUACAGUGCACCAAAAGCUUACGCUCCAGCCGCCCCCGCUUAUAGUGCCCCACCUGCUUACAGUGCACCAAAAGGUAAGAUUUUUGAACACAUAUGA